UUUUACCAAGUAUUUGUACUUUCAGAUCCACACAAAAAGUCAAAAUGGGGAAGCGGCAGCACCAAAAAGACAAAAUGUACAUUACAUGUUCAGAGUACACACACUUUUAUGGAGGGAAGCGAUCAGAAAUCCCACAGGCAAACUUCAGACGGCUUCCAUUUGACCACUGCAGCUUGUCCCUGCAGCCGUUUGAGUAUCCUGUCUGUACUGAGGAGGGAGUUGUCUUUGACCUGCUGAGCAUUGUCCCAUGGAUCAAGAAGUUUGGUACUAAUCCGAUCUCUGGAGAGAAACUGGAAGCAAAGUCUCUCAUCAAACUCAACUUUGCCAAGAACAACGAUGGAAAGUAUCACUGCCCUGUUCUGUACAACGUCUUCACAAAUAAUUCUCACUUCGUGGCCAACAAGGUCACCGGCAAUGUGUUUUCUUAUGAGGCUGUUGAGCAACUCAACAUUAAGACCAAAAAUUUUAAAGAUCUGCUGACAGACGAAGAAUUCACCAGAAAGGACAUCAUAGUGCUUCAGGACCCCACAAACCUGGAUAAAUUCAAUGUUUCUGACUUCUUCCACGUAAAAAACAACCUGAAGGUUUUGGAUCCUGAUGAGGAAAAGGCCAAGCUGGACCCAGCGUACCACCUGAAAACCACCAAUCUUGAGACCAGGGAGACCUUAGCUGAGCUCUACAAAGACUACAAGGGGGAUCAGAUCCUGGCUGCCACGAUGAAGGAACCAGAGGCCAAGAAGACGGACAAAUUUAACGCUGCCCACUACUCUAAAGGCACUGUUUCUUCCUCCUUCACGUCAACAGCCAUGACUCCUGAAACAACACAAGUAGCAGAUGCCAUUGCAGACGACGUUGUGCGUUACCAGUACGUGAAGAAGAAAGGCUACGUCCGUCUACACACAAACAAGGGAGACCUGAACCUUGAGUUGCACUGUGAUAAGGUUCCCAAAGCUGGAGAGAAUUUCAUCCGUCUGUGUAAAAAAGGCUAUUAUGAUGGAACAGUCUUUCACAGAUCCAUCCGAAAUUUCAUGAUUCAAGGAGGGGACCCCACUGGCACCGGCACAGGAGGAGAAUCCUUCUGGGGAAAACCGUUUAAGGAUGAGUUUCGGCCCAACUUGUCUCAUGCCGGCCGGGGGAUUCUCAGCAUGGCAAACUCUGGCCCAAACACCAACAAAUCUCAGUUCUUCAUCACGUUCCGGUCAUGCACCUACCUCGACAGGAAGCACACAAUAUUUGGAAGGGUUGUUGGUGGAUUUGAGGCACUCACAGCCAUAGAGAAUGUGGAAAGUGAUCCCAAAUCAGACAAACCAAAGUCGGAGAUCAAGCUCAUAAGUGCUACUGUGUUUGUGGACCCGUACGAAGAAGCUGACGCGAAGAUUGCAGCAGAGCGAGAAAAGGAGCUGCAUAGGGAGGAGGAGGAGAGGCAGCAGACCAGCAUCGUCCGGAAAAAAGCUAAGGAGGAGCAGGCGCCUCAGACCUUCAAAGCAGGCGUGGGGAAAUACAUCAACCCUGCUACAACAAAACGUCCGGCUGCUAAAGAUGAAAGCGGGCCGUCCACCAGCGGAGCAGUGCCCAAGAAGUCCAAAGGCAAGGCCAGCUUCGGAGACUUCAGCUCCUGGUAGCACCGACACGUUCAGCAUUUACCAGUCUCAAAUUCUUUUACUGUUCUGGUUGAGCGUGAGCAAAAUUUAAUUCCAUUCAUACAUACAUGUGUCUAUCGUCGCUCAGCAGUGUUGCAUCUCUUGAAACGAUUAAAGUUACUUUUUACAAAGA